UUUAUUUCUUUACUCAUUCAUUCAUUCACUGAGCAUUUGCAUGCUUCUGUUUUUCAAAUAAAAGAAAUCUGACUGAAUUCAAAACUGAAGUCAAAUGAAACUCGGACUUUUUCAAAAUGAAAUAAUUGUUUUCCUGGAAAUCCCUCAUUUGGGUAGCCAUGCAAUACUCAUUUCCUUGCAGGCCCUGGCAAGCAGCUGUUUUGAAAUGCCCAUGCACCUCCCAUGUCUGUUUGCCAAGACCAUAUUGUUUUUAACCUUAAACAGAGAACAUUGUACCUUCUGCUGGUGCUCGUUUCUCCGACUCUUCAGAAGCUGUGAAUCAGGUCCAUUACACUGUACAAUGAUGUCCUAACUAAACUUAACAGGAGCCUUGUUAACGGGACAAGAGGUACAGCAAGGCUGCACACUGCAUGUGUGUGUUUGAAUUCUGCUGAUAACUGCAUUCUUGUUUGUAAUUUCCUGCAUUAUUCAGGCCAGCCGCCGUUUCAGACUUUACAACAGAACAGCUCGAGUUCCUGUUUCCUCACAGGUCAGCUGUCGACUGACUGACAGGAUUCAGCAGCCGAGUACACAGUGGAUUAAACAACGGACAAUCAGCUUCUACUGGAUGUGUGCCCAGUUCUCACUGAGGAGGCUGUUGCUGGAUUUCUAUGCUGCCAGCCAGUACCCAGUACUGGGAGAGCUCCACAAAACUGAGAGACCCCUGAAGAAUGGACAAUAGCUAUGAAAAUUUAAUUGCCUGCAAUAAUAACACUGAUAAUAAUAUUGCAGAUUUACAGGAUUGCUACAUUUGCGGACAAGGAGAAGGGAGAUCCCGUGAUGCUUUGCAGAGCUUCUGUGAUUGCAAGACUUUGGUGACACAUGAGAAGUGUAUACUUACAUGGAUUUUAAAGGGAGCUGGAUCUGAAGACAGAUCAAGAUGUGGGAUCUGCAAAGCUGAGUACAUCUUGCAGAAAAAAUCCACAUGUUUGCAAAUUGCUUGCCAAUGGAGGACCUGGCUUGUCUGCAGCCUUAUGUUUUUGUGCAUGGUUCUCAAUCCCUUUGUGGUAUACAAAAUGAUGACGGCAUACAGGAACCCUCCUCCACACACCUUAUUUAAGGUGGCGGCAAUCUGUUUCGGGAUACUGGCAGAGAUACUGCUAAUUAAAUACCUUGUGAACUAUUGCCGCGCCAUGUACAGCACUGCCAAGAUGUCUUCAUUUUCGGUGCGGGCAAGAAGCGUGGAGAAAUGUGACACAGGCACUGGCCUUCUGUGGCCAGCAGCAGCCGCUCAGAACUCAUCAACAGCUGCGGUGAGCAGGGAAGGGGAGAGCAAGCAGGAGGCUGUCAAAGCAAGCGAGGGCCCCAGCCUCAAGCUGCGUGUGUGUGUCUGAGCACAAACCAACGCAGGGAGGCCUGAGCCCAAGGAAUGCCCAACAGCAAUGAAAAAGCAGAUUGACUCUCAGUGACUCAUUUAGCUUCUGGAUUGGCCAUAUUUCUCCCCUGCUGGCAACAUUAGCUGCAUUUCACUGGGACAUUCACACACAUUUUUUUCUCGUCUUUAGUGGUGUCUUUUCACUUGAUAUUGGUGGUUGUAGGACUGGGGUAAAGAACUUGAGAGACACAGAAUAAAUGAAUGUUAACAGUUGUCUUAGCUUCAGUGACAUCCAACUGUCUGUUUUAGAAAGUGAUUUUGGCUAACCUAAAAGGAAAAGUAGGUGAGUCAAAAUUCCUGCCCUACAUGUUUCAGUUAUGAUUCACUGCAAUGACUCGCUUUCUUUGAAUGUUAUUACAUGGAAGAGGAAAACCAAAGUUCUUUACAACAUUUUGGAAAAUGUGCUUUCAUAAUGAUGCCGUAGGACAGGAGCCUCCAACCCUUGCAGUAGGCGAUUACACCAGACACACAUAGGGAGCAAAAAUGUUUCUGUGUGGUGCCAGUCACUUGUUAAUGCCUUCAGGCUUCCUGCAUUGAUGUGGCCUUCACCGUUUCUACAUGCUAUGAUAAACCGUCUUCUCCUACAGGGCUUUUUCCCUAAUCAUGGCAGUACUUGACCUAUCUACACCUGUAUGUCACCUGCCGCAAGCUGCAAACAUUCUGGAGUAGGACAAGAGUAGACUCCUACUUCUCUCUACUGCCCUGCAGUAGUGCUUCAGCUCAUCUCAGCCAGCCUAUUAAGAGAAUGCUAAUCAAAUUUCAUGAAGCAUCCUUGCACUUCUGUCUCUCAGAGCACCAUUUCAACCUUAGCCUGACUUAAGCAAAGUCAAGUUGUUCUGUUCAUUGUUGCACCACAAAGGCAAAAA